AUGAGUUCCUCCGCCGGCGGCGGCGGCGGCGGCGAUCCGAAGCUCCCUCACGACGUUAUCAUCGAAAUUCUGAAGCGGUUGCCGGCGAGGUCGCUCCUCCGAUUCCGGAGCGUCUGUCGGUUGUGGCGUUCCACCAUCGACGACCUUGCUUUCGUGGCCCUCCACUCGAGGUACUCCGCUCUUGACGCCUCCAGUCGGUAUGUCGUGUGUAUAGAUUGGGGCGGUCCCGACGAGCGCCGCUGCUCUCUGUUCCGCAGCGAGUCUUUCGCCCUGCAAUCCCCGUCGCAGAUCGAAAUCCCCUUCGUCAAUCCCGUCAAUGGUUACGCUCUCGUCGGUUCGUGUAAUGGCUUGAUCUGCUUUACUGAACUCUCCAAGCAUAGCCGUGAUGAGACGAUGUACGUGUGGAAUCUCUUCACCAGAAGGUACAAGGCGGUUAUUCUAUCCCAUCCGGGCCUUUUCUCCGCGGCGACUACUCCGGAAGCUUUAGGGUUUGGCUUCGACGCUUGGUCUGGUGAUUAUAAAAUUGUGAGGAUUCGCUAUCGACAUGAUACAUAUCUAGUCGAGAUUUAUUCCCUCAGGAUGGAUUCCUGGAGAAGCUUGGAGUGUCAGGUUCCUGCUUUCUGCGCUUUCCGACCUUCAGUCUUCUUGAAUGGGAAUCUACACUGGCAUCUUUUUGAGCACGAUGAUCCGCGGAAGGAGCGGAAGGAGGGUGGAUGGGACUCGAUACUUUUGUUCGACCUUGCAGGCGAGAUGUUUCAUGAAAUGGCCCUGCCGGAAGAGAUGAUUCACCAAGACAAUGGCUAUUUAUUAGCGCAUCUGUCGGUAUUAGAUGACUUUCUGGCCAUGUUUAUUCAUGUUACUGACCGUGUACAUUCUUGUUCUGUUUGGGUUAUGAGGGAGUACUGCAGUCCUGAUUCUUGGACUGAGCUGUAUAGUGUCAAGUCCCCUGGACUAGUGACGAAUUUUUACGGCUUCAUGAGCAAUGGGAAUGUCCUUAUGGAAAUGGAUGAUAAACGAGUCUGUUGGGAUCCGAAGACGGGCCAAUACGUGAAUCUUCCACUGUCGGCGAAUCUCAAUUUGGUCACCGUCGGAGAAAGCCUUCUUUCAUUUUAG